AAAGGAAAUGAAGAUGGGGAGACAGUUAUUGUUGAAAAAGACCACUUUAUGGAUGACUUUUUCCAACAGGUUGAGGAACUUAGAAAUAAUAUAGCAAAAAUAGCACAAAAUGUGGAAGAAGUGAAGAAGCAGCACAGCAUUAUCCUGUCAGCACCAAAUCCUGAAGGAAGAACAAAGGAAGAACUUGAAGAAUUAAAUGAGGAAAUAAAGAAGAUUGCUAAUAAAAUCCGAGCCAGGUUAAAGGCUAUUGAACAAAGUUUUGGUCAGGGUGAAAAUGCUAAUCGGACAUCAGUGGACCUCAGGAUAAGAAAAACACAGCACUCUGUAUUAGCCCACAAGUUUGUGGAGGUCAUGACGGAAUACAACGAGACCCAAACUCUUUUUCGAGAACGCAGCAAAGGUCGGAUACAGAGACAAUUAGAGAUAA